CUGUGUUUGAUUACUUUUGCCUAUUCAAAUAUGGCGCUGGAAAAGCCAAUAUUUUUCAUGGGUGCAAAGUAUGUUUAAGUGCAUUAACCGAACGGCCCAGUUUACGAAAUAUCUCCAGUCAGCAGCCAGCAGUUUCCGUCUUAACCAAGAUUUUAGGGUGGUGUCAUCCUUGCCACUCAGAAUGACUGACCCCGCUGUGAAAAGGGUGGUUAGUGACAUUAUUCGCUCUCCCGAGGAUAAACGAGUUUACAGGGCCCUGGAGUUUACCAAUGGCCUUAAGGCCAUGCUCAUCAGUGACCCCACAACAGACAAAUCCUCAGCUGCUUUGGAUGUGCAAAUAGGUUCGUUAUCGGACCCAGCAAACAUCUCGGGCCUGGCACACUUUUGUGAGCAUAUGCUGUUCCUGGGAACAAAGAAAUACCCCAAGGAGAAUGAGUACAGCCAGUUCCUCAGCGAGCACGCGGGCAGCUCCAAUGCCUUCACCAGUGGAGAGCAUACCAACUAUUACUUCGACGUGUCCCAUGAGCACUUGGAAGGAGCACUAGAUAGGUUCGCCCAAUUCUUCUUGUGCCCUCUGUUUGAUGAGAGCUGUAAGGACCGGGAAGUGAAUGCUGUGGACUCUGAGCAUGAGAAGAACGUAAUGAAUGAUGCCUGGAGGUUGUUUCAGUUGGAGAAAGCCACUGGCAACCCUAACCACCCCUUCAGUAAAUUUGGAACAGGUAACAAAUUUACCCUUGAGACCCGACCAUCUAAAGAUGGGAUUGACAUCCGUCAGGAGCUCCUGAAAUUUCAUUCUACAUACUACUCCUCCAACCUCAUGGGACUCUGUGUGUUAGGAAGAGAAUCAUUAGAUGAUUUGACCUCCAUGGUGGUGAAACUAUUUGGAGAAGUGGAAAACAAGAACGUGCCUAUCCCAGAAUUCCCUGAGCACCCCUUCCAGGAAGAACACCUAAGACAAUUCUACAAAGUGGUGCCCAUAAAAGACAUCAGGAACCUGUACGUGACUUUCCCCAUCCUAGACCUACAGAAGUACUAUAAGUCUAACCCAGGACACUAUCUGGGACAUCUGAUUGGUCACGAAGGACCUGGAAGUUUGCUAUCUGAGCUCAAAUCUAAAGGCUGGGUGAACACACUUGUUGGAGGGCAAAAAGAAGGAGCCAGAGGAUUCAUGUUCUUCAUUAUCAAUGUGGACUUGACGGAGGAGGGCCUAUUGCACGUUGAGGACAUCAUCUUCCACAUGUUCCAGUAUAUUCAGAAGCUGCGUACUGAGGGCCCUCAGGAGUGGGUGUUCGAGGAGUGCAAGGAUUUAAACAAAGUGGCCUUCAGGUUCAAGGACAAGGAGCGACCCCGUGGCUACACUUCCAAAGUGGCUGGUUUACUACACUACUACCCUCUUGAAGAGGUUCUAGCAGCAGAGUACCUUUUGGAGGACUUCAGGCCAGAUCUGAUCGAGAUGGUGCUGGAUAAGCUGAGACCAGAACAUGUCAGAGUUGCAGUGGUGUCAAAGUCAUUUGAAGGGCAAACGGACAAGACAGAAGAGUGGUAUGGCACACAGUACAAACAAGAGGCCAUCUCUGAAGAGACCAUUGAGAAAUGGCAGAGUGCAGACCUCAACGGCAAAUUCAAAUUACCUAUGAAAAAUGAGUUCAUCCCUACAAACUUUGAGAUCUACCCUCUUGAGAAAGACUCUCCAUCCGUCCCCACUUUAAUCAAGGACACUGCUAUGAGCAAGGUGUGGUUCAAGCAGGAUGACAAGUUUUUCCUGCCCAAGGCAUGCCUGAACUUUGAGUUCUUCAGUCGCUACCUAUAUGCAGAUCCCCUGCACUGCAACAUGACCUACUUGUUACUCAGGUUACUGAAGGAUGAUUUAAAAGAGUAUACAUAUGCAGCCCGUCUGGCCGGGCUGGUGUAUGGUGUAGCCUCGGGGAUGAAUGCCAUCCUCCUGUCUGUUAAAGGUUACAGUGACAAACAGCACAUCCUGCUGAAGAAGAUCAUUGAGAAGAUGGCCACCUUUGAGAUAGAUGAGAAGCGCUUUGACAUCAUCAAAGAAGCGUACAUGAGGUCUUUGAAUAACUUCAGAGCCGAGCAGCCUCACCAGCAUGCCAUGUACUACCUCCGUCUACUAAUGACCGAGGUUGCUUGGACCAAAGAUGAGCUCAGAGAGGCUCUGGACGAUGUAACUCUCCCACGCCUCAAGGCCUUCAUACCUCAGCUAUUGUCACGAUUACAUAUUGAAGCCCUUCUUCAUGGCAACAUCACCAAGGAGUCUGCUCUUGGCAUGAUGCAAAUGGUGGAGGACACGCUCAUUGAGCACGCUCACACAAAGCCACUCCUCCCGAGCCAACUGAUUCGCUACAGAGAGGUGCAGGUUCCAGACGGUGGCUGGUAUGUUUACCAGCAGAGGAAUGAGGUGCACAACAACUGUGGCAUUGAGAUCUACUAUCAGACAGACAUGCAGACCACCCACGACAACAUGCUGCUGGAGCUGUUCUGUCAGAUCAUCUCUGAGCCCUGCUUCAACACACUGAGAACCAAAGAACAGCUGGGCUACAUUGUGUUCAGUGGGCCCCGCCGAGCUAACGGAGUGCAAGGCCUGCGCUUCAUCAUCCAGUCGGAGAAGGCACCCCACUACCUGGAGAGCCGUGUGGAGGCUUUCCUCUGCACCAUGGAGAAGGCUGUGGAGGAGAUGAGCGAGGAAGCCUUCCAGAAACACAUCCAGGCCCUGGCUAUCCGCCGCCUGGACAAACCUAAGAAGCUGUCUGCUGAGUGUGCAAAGUACUGGGGAGAGAUCAUCUCUCAGCAGUAUAAUUUUGACAGAGAUAACAUUGAAGUGGCAUAUCUGAAGACUUUGACAAAAGAAAACAUAAUGCACUUCUACAGAUCUGUCCCCCUGCAGGACCGCCUGACAGUCGAAGCCCCGAAGAGACACAAGGUGUCUGUGCACGUCCUGUCCAGAGAGAUGGACUCCUGCCCAAUAGUAGGAGAGUUCCCCGCUCAGAAUGAUGUCAACCUUGCCCCUGCUCCUUCCCUGCCACAGCCCACAUUGGUUCAAGACAUGACGGAGUUCAAGAGGAGCCUGCCUCUCUUCCCCCUGGUCAAGCCUCACAUCAACUUCAUGGCUGCCAAACUGUGAGCGAGGCCGGCAGCUCGACACGCAGCGGCACGGGGGAGCGCCGGGGAGGGCGUCCACAGGAGAGCCCGCUGUGUUUCCCACCUACACACCCCCCUCCCUUCCUCCCGUCAGGAAGACUUUCAUCUGACCGAGCCUGCAUUAGCGUGUGUUUGUGUGCGUGUGUGCAUGCGUGUGUGCAUGUGUGGCAGGCUGGAGCCACUAGAAGACAAACGCGUGUAUUCGAAUCACAAAGUUAGCCGUGGUUGUCGACAUAGCCGUGAUGACGAUAGAGGUCACACCAGACUCAUGUUAAGUCUCUUGAAGUGAGAUGUAACGCUCACACGCAUCACAAAACUGUGUAGGCCGUUGUAGAGGAAAUAGAAAUGUUUAAAAAAAACAAAAACAAAAAAAAACAGACAAGGGCCAGGUCCCUUUUACAUGAGUAUACUGCAGAGGCUUCACAAUAGGAGGCGUUUUAUUUGAAUUAUUCAGACAUGCUGCUUUGAGAACGGAUAGUUGGUUUAUUGUGUUGAAGUGAGGGCUGCAGAGUUUAGAGACUGUAGUUCCAUGAAGGUCUUCUUUUAUUUGUUGGACCGGUGUGUUUGCCAUGUAACUCUCUGAGGCACCACAGCGCUCCUGAAAAUGUUAUCACAAAAAGACACACUCGGGUCAAAUGGAAUAUUUUAUUCAAAUGUAUGCAUUGCUGAGGAAUAUCUGCCUUUAUACUUAUGGUUUUAAUCCUCACAGGUUUUGAGAUAUUUUUGCUUGUAAACUGGUAAAAUGUUGGGACCCUUUGAGGAGCUGUUUGAAAUUGCUCACGGCAGAGAACCAUUCACAUGAAAAUUGUUUUUAUUUCGGGGUUUUUUUUUUUUUAAAUUGCAUUUUACAUUAGUACGUAAUUCAGACAUCUCAGGGGUACCUCCAUGCUGUUUUUUACAUUCAAUUUUACUAGUGGUUGACUAAAAAUAAAAACUUAAAUAUGUCAUUUACAGUAGUACUUUGUUCACUUCACUAAAUGUGAUCAAAUCCUUAUUGGUCUUGGCUGCAGAGACGAGCAGUGUUUUUAGUUUUUUCUAAGCUCUUCUUAGUCUGUCCGAGACUUGCAGACUUUCUGCAGCUUGUGCCUUUCCAGGGGGGCAUCAGUUAGUUUGUAUCUGACUGAACUGAACUGCUCCUGGUCUGAUCUGGGGCAGAAUCCUGGAGGAUCUAACCCCAGCCCCCCUCCACCCCCCAAAUUGCUGGACUGUGCACUGGCUCUUACAGCAUAGGUGUCAAAAAAGCAGCUAGCCUUUUUUUCUCUGAAAAAAACAAAAAAAAAAACAAAGCAUUUCAUGUUGAUGCCUAAAGCGGAAGAAAAGCACCAGUCUGGAUUAUUUUUCCUGAAUAUAUGCACUUUUCUGACUAAGCAAUAACCUAAUGAUGUGUACAGGGGACACAGUGUGUGACAGAAGGAGAUGUGGCUCUGCACUGCUGAGUAGCUACAGCAGCUGGAUCCACACUGAUCCAAGCUCCAGCUUAAACCGCGUUCGAUCUGAGCGCACGGACAUUGAUGUCAGAGCGGCGCAAGCAUGACCUGCUCUCUCAGGUGUACACCAGCUUUGCUGUGAAAAACCACUGCUGGUGGAGCUGCCAACCCUGGUCACACAGCCAACCAUCCGUUAUGAUUUAAUUCCCCUCUAAUACCUGCUCUCAGGCUCACUCACAUGAUGCUGCAUCGUUUAAGAAUUAUUUAAGUUAUGAUUGUGCUGUAGCAAAAGCUUCGUCAAUGUUUUCCAGCAUUUUACUAUGUCUCAACCAGAUCAAAACCAUUUCAAUUUGUGUUUAAGAGUUACAGCCUCCCCUCCUCCCUUUCAUUAUCAACUGCUUCAGGCAGUACUCUUUUGCGGUCAAACCCCAAAGACAACCAGCAGCAUUAGGUAGACCUUCACUCCCACAGGCAGUAGCUUGACAGCACCUGGGGAAAGUGACAGCUGUUUUCAUGCAGCGCUCAGCAGAAACUAGCAACAUUACAUAUCAGGCUUGGGUGGGCCUUGCACUGUUUACCAUCUGAAGUACCUAGUGUUUGGUGUACACUAAAGAAAUCUGAAGCGCUUUCCCCCCCAUGGAUGUCUGGCUGGUGAGGUUCAUGGGCCAGUGAUACAUUCUCAGUUUGUUUUUGUUGUCUGUGUGUUUCUAAUUAAUAAACUACUGAAUGGAA